AUUGAGCAUGUGGUUAUUGGCGAUCGUGUGAGCGUCCUCAAAGAUGAGGGGAAAACACUUAUGCAGCAGCCUGGAAGUAUGGCUGUAGCGCAUCCGGUAGGUACAACAUUCAUCCAGACAACCUCAUGCAGUCCGUUCUCCAGCACCAACAGUGGUCCGGUGGUGCAUAAUGCAACAACAUUUCUACCCAGUUCGGUGCAAAAUAUCCAUAUUCAGCCCAACGUUGCAACCUCUGUGAAUGGCCAACAUGCGCAGCAAGUAUGCCUUGUUCAGGCACUGAAUCCCUCAACGAUUGCAACGCCCUCCGUAACGAAUGGGUUAUCAGGAGGCCAACAACAAGGCACCACUGUCGUCACUGUGGUCACAGCACAAAAUCCCAAUGGUACAACGAUGCAAAUUUUACAACCACAAGGCGCAGAAACAGACGAACGACGUAUUGCCGCAAUCCUAGAUUCGUAUUUUAUCGAGCAACAAGCACCCACCACAUCCGUCGUGACACCAAUUGCUACCACUGUUGCUGCACCCACACCAUCUGCCUAUCCCUCACCCGCAAGUAUCGUUGCGAAAUAUUCACGGAACAAAAACACGACGCAGGAUAAGCGUGAAAAAGAUGAGGCGAAACGAGCGAAGCAAGCAGAAGCGGCGCGCCUCAGAUACCAUCGGCUGAGUGCCGAAGCGAAAAGAGAGCUUAACAUCAAACGAACUAUAGCCCAGAAACGCAAAAGGCAGCGUGAAAAAGAACUGGAAGAACUAGAAAAUUUACUACGAGAAACCAAUGAUAUACAGGAGGAUCCUAACAUCACUGAGCAGUUGCGUGAAAAGCGAAUGCGUGCACGUUGGGCGGAAGCAGCACGUACGCGUUAUCAGCGGAUGACUUCAGAGGAACGC